AUGGCGGUGGCCUUGUCACCCGAUCAAGAAUUGGCGACAAAAGCAUUUCUAGACGCACUUAGCGAAGCCGGUGCGACGUGUGUGACACGAGCGACAGCUGUCAAGUUUCUUCUUGCUCGUAAAUUUGACGUUGCGCGUGCCCAUACACUCUGGCGGCAACAUGAGGCAACACGACGGAGGGAAGGCCUCAUCAAGUUUGAGCCAUUCGAAGAUCCACUGAAAAGUGAGCUUGAAACUGGAAAAUUUACUAUACUGCCCACGCGUGAUGCUACGGGGGCGGCUAUAGCAGUUUUCACCGCUAACAAACACUUUCCCAGUCUAACGUCGCAUCAGACAACGUUACAGGGCGUGGUGUAUCAAUUGGAUGUGGCGUUGCAGUCUCUAGAAACACAGCGCGCUGGUUUAGUCUUCAUUUAUGAUAUGACGGACUCAAAGUACACAAACUUUGAUUAUGAACUUUCGCAGAAGAUACUCACGAUGCUUAAGGGCGGAUAUCCGGCUAAGUUAAAGAAAGUGUUGAUCGUAACAGCUCCACUGUGGUUCAAAGCGCCGUUUCGCAUACUACGGCUAUUCGUACGUGAGAAGCUACGUGAGCGCGUGCAUACAGUGAGUGCGCCUCAGUUGGGUGCACACGUGCCAAGGGCCAGCUUGCCCAAACAGCUUGGUGGACAGCUCGAGCCCGAUCACGCAGCUUGGUUAGAGCAUUGCAGAAAUUGUUAUACGAAUAAUCUUCAAAACUCAAAAUUGGACGGUGUUAUCGACGAGUAUGUGAUCAGUAAUCACAUUCCGCCUGUCAAACCGCAAAAUGGUAUGAUAGAGGAGGCGGGUCGGGACAUGACGAGUGAUCGUGUGUCGCGGCACACAGAAGCCGACAUAAUGCAUAUCAGCGGCGACCUUCCCUACACGUGUGAUCCUACGCCAUUAAGACACACACACGGCUACAAUGGCGACAUCAAAGGAAAUCAUAUUAAUUCCGGAGAUGAAGAUGAUUUAGAUUUAAUAACCCGUGGGACAUGGUCAUCCGGCGAAGCUUCCCCCGGUCUAUCGGACGAGGAGUGCGGGGGCGGUGGGGCGGGGGAAACACCCGCAGCGUUGCUCGCACGCGUACGGCAGCUCGGAAGGCGCGGUCUAGUCGCCGAGUAUGAAGAAAUACGGGCCAGGCCGCCGCAUGGGACCUUUCAUCACGCAAAAUUGCCAAGUAAUCUAGUCAAGAACCGCUACACAGAUGUAUUGUGUUAUGAUCAUUCGCGGGUGGUUUUAUCUCAGACAGACCCAGACGACGCUACUACAGAUUACAUCAACGCUAACUACGUGGAUGGAUACAAACAGAAAAAUGCCUUUAUUUGUACGCAAGGUCCCCUUCCAAAAACAUACGGUGACUUCUGGCGUAUGGUCUGGGAACAGGGCAGUCUUGUGAUCGUAAUGACCACUCGUGCUGUGGAGCGUGGGCGAGUAAAAUGCGGUCAGUACUGGCCGGCCACGCUUGGCACUCGCGCAGUACACGGCGGUUUUGCGGUUACAACCGAGGAUAUAGAACAGGAGGACGAUUAUACUAUAUCGCAUUUGUUACUUACUGAUUUACGGACGGAAGAAUCGAGGAGUAUAUGGCACGGUCAAUACACGCGAUGGCCUGAUUACGGCGUACCAGGCGGCGGUCGAGCUCAACCAGUAUUAAGGUUCUUAAACCUCGUACGAAGAGCACAGCACCGAGCUAGAGCAGAGUUAGGAGAUGCCUGGGCGGGGCAUAGUAGGGGGCCUCCCAUAGUCGUGCAUUGUUCAGCGGGUAUUGGACGAACAGGAACAUUCCUAACUCUUGAUGUAUGUACGUCCCGACUGUCUGCGGAGGGCGUAGCGGACGUACGUGGUACCGUGGAGCGUAUACGUGCGCAACGAGCACAUUCUAUACAAAUGCCCGAUCAAUACGUCUUCUGCCAUCUAGCGCUAAUUGAGUACGCUGUAAUGCAAGGAUAUCUAGAGUCAGCGGACUUGUCUGGAUUUGACGAUGACAAUGACGACCAGUCGGAAUGA